CCAACACCAACUCGAAUUCGGAGUCCGAUUUGGGAACCGCGUAGUCCUCGCCGACCCAUCUGCGUCGAGCAAAGACAAGAUGACAGCGUCGUCAACUAGUACGAGCACGAAGGCUGCGGCCUCGUCCUCGGCCCGGCGGAGCGAUUUUUCUGGAGGAAGCGGGAAGAAGAUGAAAUCCCCACUACACUACAGCACAAGAACCGCGGCUGCUGCUGCGGUAGCUCUAUUCCAGGGGCUGCUCGUAUCGCAACACAUAAUCACGGAAGUUAGCGCCGACUGCCUCCCCGGCAGGUACCGGCACAUUCUCAAGCACAAAUGGGAGACGGAAGUGAAAGUGGUUUCAAAUAACGCAGCUGCAGCAGCAGGAACCAACGACGAGGAAGCAGUGCCACCAGCGAGUCCAGCUGCUGGCGUGGAUUUAAUAUUAACCGACGAAAAUAACACGACUCCUACCCCUCCACCUGUCGAAGAAACCACUUUCCUCAACACCGAGGACUCGAACCAGGGCCCGAAGUGGGAGCUCCCGCUCUGGCUCCAGCACAAUCUUCUGCGGGGCAAGUGGCACUUCAAGCAGGUCAGGUACGAUAAUGAAGUCGGGAACCAGCACAAAUGUCAUCUCCCGACCAUCGAGAACAUCCCCCGAACCAAGGCCGAGUGGCUGAAGCACAGCGAGAACCCGCAGAUGUUGUUUGAGAAGUACGGGAUUUGCCCGGCGUAUAAGUUUUUCAAAACGGUGGAAAAUCUCCGCGAAUUCUACGACCCAAGGUUUUAUGAGGAAGUGACGAAGCAACUCGAACUGGCUGAUAAUAAAGACCCAAAUGACCGGAAGUACAAGGAUAAAGACCCGUUGGAACGGUCCGCCGACCAGCGGGCUUUUAAUCUGCAGUUUGUUUUCCCGGAGUUGAAGAAGCAAUUGUCACCUGGGGAUUCUGUGCAAAUUUCCCGACGCUCCCAUGGGUUGCAGGACCGGCUCAUGCAGCGGUUUUCUGCGACGAACGGGAAGGAAACUAUCAGCCAAACCGCGACCUUUGAAAUCGAGGUGUGGAGUCCAAAGAGCCCGCGGCCGCAGUUGUUUAUGCUGGAUCCGGUGAAAAUGAAAGAGGAAAAGAUCGCGAUGAGCUAUUUCUGCAACGAGAAGUCGGAACUGUCUUUGGUGUUUAAGACCAACGAAGAUCAGGAGAAAUUGGCCAGUUACAGCGAUCCGGUUUUGUUGUACAAGGGAAGUAGUGCUGGUGGUGGGACUACUGGGGCGUUGCCGAGCGGAGCUAGCCCUCGAAACGGCAAUUUAUCUGGAGACCACGCGGUGAUGACUCCGGUUGUGGGGCCCGCAGCCACGCCGGUUCUCGGGCCAAUGAGCGGCAGUCCUAGAACGGGUGCAGCAGGGACUGGUGCACUCGCAGCAAAUCCUUUCUCUCUUUCCCCCGUCGUUGGACCGGCGGGUGUACAACAUCAAAGCACGACGAAAGUUCAUCCCGAAGUCGACCAGGAUCUGGAGAAAAUCAUGAUGGUUGUCGAUCACGACGACGCUGCUCCAGGUGUAGUUCCGUCUCCGACUUCUGUGUAUGAAGAUGAAUCCGGUAUGAUUUCUGAUGAACAUCAGAUCCCGACCGAGUUUUCCCUCGAUUUAAUCAAACUCGAGCCCGAAGCUUCCGAUGCGGAAGCCGCCUGUGAAGCCUAUGGAUUGCAAAAGUGUCUGGGUCUGGAAGAUUCUAAACUUGUAAUGCUGUCACUGGAUUCUAAAAAAAUUUGUAGUGCAUGACCAGCAAGAGGACUCCAGUUCGUGCCACGCAGAGAGGGCAUUUCUCAUGCGGUAGAGGCAUCGCAACGCCCUUUAAAAAUAUGUGAUGCUAGGGCAUGCAUCACAGACAUCAUGGGUCAUUCAAAAUAUGCAUGAUAAACCUGGCAAUUUUCCAGAGCCAGACAUUUUUCCAUUUGAUAAAGCCGGGGAAUAUACCAGUUGGACCGGCGCACACACGGUGAUGCUGCCGAAAAAUCUGCGGCAAAACGUAUCAAAUGUAAAAAUGUCUGGGUCUGGAAGAAUGCAUGUUUGUCAUGCUUGUCUGGCAUGACUCUCAAAUCUGUCAUGCACGUUACGCAAGAGCUCCAUUUUUCUAUGAGACAGCAACGCAGUUUGUCAUGCAGAAUAGGCAACACCUAGAAGCUCAGAAACUUGUGAUGCUGAGCCAGCAUUUGUGGCCUCAUCAUGAGACGCCACCCAGCAUUACAAGUUUCCAGACCCAGAUAUUUUUGCAUUUGAUAAAACGAGAAGGAAUCCAAUUCACUCGCUCUGGCGGACAUCACACGCAGGUUUGACAAAAGAACCACUAUGCUCGAGUGGUCCGGAAACCCGCUCGCGGUGCUGGAACUGGAGAACGUGGAAGUCAAGUGCGAGGCGUUCAAAUUUGCUGCGGACGGGGUGACGAAGGUUUUCCUAGGUAAAACGCAUGAAGAUCGCAAAAAUAAAGCCGAGGACGUUGACAUGCUAGCAGCCAGUUCAACCGCCAGUGCAAAUAAAACCACCUCCAUCGACGAGGAUGCGGCGCGGAGCCGGAAGGUGUUCGCGCAGCACCACAGCCAGAAAACGAAUUUUCCCGGAUCUUUUGCCUUCGCACCGAUGGAAAUUGACGAAAAAGGCAACGAGGUGCAGGAAAAGGGUUUUGUGUCGACCGCGACGGAAGAGCUGCAUGUCGAUAAUGACGGCACGACCUUUCCGUUACCUACUUCUCCGAAGAUCUACGAUGAGCUUGUUGCGACAUUCAAACGCACGCCGCGGUUUCAGCUCCCGCCGAACCGUAUCAACUGCAAAUAUGUCUGGGUCUGGAAGGAUGCAACUUGUGAUGCUAUUUUUGGAUUCUGAAAAAAUUUGUAUUGCAUGACCAGCAAGAGGAGCCCAGUUCGUGGUACGCGGAGAGGGCAUUUCUCAUGCGGAAUAGGCAUCAGGAAGGUUUCUAAAAAUCUGUGAUGGUAGGACAUGCAUUACAGGCGUCAUAGGUCAUGCAAAAUAUGCAUGACGUCUUCCAGACCCAGACAUUUUUACAUUUGAUAAACCGGGAGUCGGCGCAGAUUUCCGACAACGUGUAUUUCCCCUACGAGAACACGGAGAACGUCAUGGCUUUACCCGAUGGAACCACCGUCAUCCAUAACGAGAACGCCGUCGUGACCCAGACCACCGCAAAUGUGGAUGCCGGAGUCAUCCAAAUGCGGUUUUCCCGGUAUUUGGAAGAUCCAGAUUUUUUGGAAAGGGAACUGGAUCGAUUCGAAAAGCAAUUUCCGGCGUGGAUGAGUGCGGAGCAGUUAGUUGCGGAAGGGUAUGUGCAGAAGAAGGACAAGUACAAAAUUCUGGUCGCGCGGAGACAGCGAAAUUUGCUGUUUGACAAAGCCUAUGAACUGCAAAAGUAUCGCACUCGUAUAAAUGCAUUACAAAUCUCCUCAGCAUGAGAAAUAAAAUUUGUAAUGCGUUUUGACCUUAACAACAGGAUUUGUAGUGCAUGAUUGCAAUACGAGUGCGAUACUUUUGCACAGGAUAAAGCCGAACACGCCUACGCGUUAGCGGAUAUUCUGCCAUUGGGAAUCGAGGAACGGACGGACAAGAUUCCGUAUUGGAUUUUUUUCUGCUUUUUUAGCCCUCCUUGCUGGGCUUUUAUUUUCGCAUGGGACUUGCUUUGUGUUAGUGUUUGUCGCCUGUGCAUAACAGAAUGACAGGUUGUGUGGUCUGUGUCUGUCUAAUCCAGCAUAAAGAAAGUUUUGUGGUUUAAGUACUUACUCACGUUAUCCAGAGUCUUCAACUUAAAAAGAAACCGAACCUAUCAGCCUUCUCUCUUGGUCCGGCCUCGGCGAGUGGUUUUUCGACAAAUUUGUGCCUACCGACGGCGACCGAAACCAGCGGAUGGGUGGCUCCUUAGACCACAUCGCGCUUCGCAAACCGAACGAAUUACGCCAGUGGUUCAACAAGCGACGGGAUGAGGGCACGGCUUUGCACAAACUCGCCGAGGUUUACUACAAUUUGCUAAAUGACCAGAAGUGGCAGAACCACAUUGAAUUUCUCUCCAACAAGAAUCCGGAGUGGUCUUUGGGGUUUUUGAUUUUUGCGAAGGAAUUUGUGAAGAACAUCUGGCAAGCCGAGCCUUUCGCGACGGAGUUGCGCAUGUACUACCGGCCAUUGCUGAUUUCCGGCACGACAGACAUGCUGUUUCAAAGGACCAACCCUCGCACCGGCGAACUGGAAUUCAUCAUGUGCGACUGGAAGCGGAUGGCGGUCUAUGGAUUGCAAAUGUGUCUGGGUCUGGAAAGUUCUUGGAACUUGUAUUGCUGCUCUUACAUUCCUGUGAAAUCUCUAUUGCAUGACCAACAAAAGUCGCAGCCUCUCUCGUCAUACAAAAACGCAGCUUUUCAUGCGGACUGCGUAUGAGAAAGCGUUCUCCAUCAAACUUGUCAUGCUUUCCCGCAUAAGGAAGGGUUCUCUUGAUGCGCAUUUUAGCAUCAGAAAUUUCUAGACCCAGACAUUUUUGCAUUUGAUACGGUCCUGGACAACCGACAGUAUUCCCCGACGGAACAAGAUUUGUCGCAGGAGCAGCUAGAGCUCGCGGAGGAUCACGAGUUCGACCGGAUUUCUGCGAAAUUUCUCGAAUCCGCCCCUGACUACGUGAAGAACAAGCGCAACAGCCGGCUGUUUUACCGGUUGGAAUUGGUGAAGAAGGCCUUUCAACAGCCCUGGAUGAUGAAUCGCACGUUUAAAUACUCUCUGCAGCUACGGAAUGCAGAAGUACUGUACUUGUAGUAAUCUUCGCGAUCCCUCAUCACAAAUGUGCUUUUUUAAUGCCUGACCGUGCAUGGCAAAUCCAAAUGUUACCUUUGCUUCUGAAAAAAUUUGUGAUGCAAUUACUACAAGCGCGGUACUUUUGCCAUGCAUAACCGCUAUUGUUCUACAAGUGGAUGGCGGAAUUGGUGUACGAUAUCGAGAUCAAGUACACGUGGAUCGUUAUCCUGCAUAAAAACGUCCCCACCUCCCCGGAGUUGUCAUGCAACUGUGCAAUGACAGGAACAUCUGUAAUGCGCAGCUCCAUGAGAGGUAUCGUAUUUCCAGAUCCAGUCGUGUUUUGGAAUUUGUAAUGCUGUAAACAGGAUGACAAGAUGGCUUUUUCGUGUAGCUUCCGUUGCCAACUAGCACUACACUGCAUGAGGCAAGCUUGUCAUGCGCAACUCCCAAAACUUGGAGAUUUGUCUAGCAGAUUUCCCGACAUCGUGAGUAUUGGGAUGUGGGGACGUUUUUACAAAUGAUAAUCGUUCUGAUCAAUCCGGUGGAAAAACUCUCCGAGAAAAUUAUGACUUGCUCAAACGUUACAAUCUCAAACGUUACAAUAGAAUCUGGAAUUUGUGUUGCAUGAUUAGCAUGACAGACUCGCACAGCGUCCCACCUUUUGCAACACAAAUUUCGCCACAUUCUAGUGAAGAUUGAGACUCCGGAUCUUAUCAUGCGCAGUCCUAUGAGAGUUGGCUAGAUCAUGCACUUCUUGCAUCACAGACUUCCGGAUUCUAUUGCAACGCUUGAGAUUGUAGCACCUGAGCAGGUUAUAAAAAUGAUCUUCCUCGACCGGAGAAUCGGGGUCGAAGUGUACCCGGUGGACGGGUGGACCGACCAUUUACAUGCGUAUGCAGUGCAAAAGUAUCGUACUCGUACUAAUUGCAGUUUAUGCAUUACAAAUCUAGUUCUUAAACGUAAAUCCGCAUUACAAAUUCAAGUCUGUAAGUAAUGCUGAGCCAAUUUGUAUUGCGAUUUAUACUAGUACGAUACAACUUUUGUACAGGAUAAUGCGCGACUGCAAGCGAUCAUCCAAACCCGGCACGAGAGUCUGCUCGCAGCAGGUUACAACUGGGGGAACGUGGUGAAGGAUGUUGAGCCACUGUACCCAACCGUGAGUUCCCUGGACGAGUUGCAGACGGAGAAGUUACCCGCUUUGCCGGUCAGGAAGUCGAAGCCGGUGUAUUGGCAACAUCUUCAGGCAAUGAUGUUAGGUGGGACCACAUCUUCGCAAAGUACUAUGGACAACGACUUGGUGAAAUUCCACGACUUCAGUCUCCAAUUGCAGACCAUCAAUGCGAGGUUUGGGAUCAAGGACAUCGCGUUAUCCGACGUGUUUCUUCUCGACAGCUCCGAUGGGACGAUCGUGAAAAUUCUCGAUCCCGUCAAGUGCCGGGAAAUCUUCGCGCAGGGCUGUCUCAGUUUGAAGGUCGGGGAUCGCAUUGAAGCAUUUUGGAGGAGGCCACUGGAUAGCAGCAGUGGUUCUAGUUUGAAUCGAAGCGGAUCCGCCUCUUUUUCCCGGAAUCAUGGUCGCAGUACUACAUCAGGAGCUGCAGGAGCCUCCGCGGCGAGAAGUACAACAUCCUCUCCCUCUCACCAGCAAAACCAGUUCCACAAGCACCAAGCCGACGACUUGCAGCAGAUCCAGCAGAGAGGCAGGGAACUUGCCUCGGACAACAACAGCAAAACCACUUGGAUCGAGACCCAUCCGGUGGAGCGGCGGGAAUUCGUCCGAAGACCGGUUUUCAACUUGCAAAAAGUCCUGAUCGUCCGCGACCGGUUCAAAGUUGCAAGGGACCUGACUUCCGUUUUCGACAAAAUCAAAACCGAAAACUUCGACCAGCCGACGGUUGAGAAGAUCAAGAUGUUCAUGCCCGGGUAUGAUGAGGUCUAUCAGAAGGUCCACGGCUUUCCGGUGGGCACGCGCAUCUGGAACAAGAUCACCGGCUCCGUGGGCGAAAUCGUCGCGGUGGAAAGUAGUUCCAUCGGGAACGAACUCUUCGCAACAGUCCGGUUCUGCACUGAUGUCUGCCGGGAGGUGGAAGUGGCCCAGGCGGUCUUGCAGUUCCCAUUGUGGUUUGCGAAACGGGGCUACGCAGUGAACUUUGAGGUCACGUUUGACGAGUUUGUGUAUGUCCGGAAUGCGUUUGAAUUGGCCAUCAGUGACAUGGACGAAGAAGCGAUUUCGGUGUUACAGGAACCGGUGCAAGAGUACAAGCAGCAGGAACAAAUUGUACAAGCAGCGAAUGGACGCGCGAACAAUGGCAACCCGAAUAAUGGUGGUGUACCAGCUAAGAAAUCUAAGCCCGCGACCCCGAAAUCCACUACCUCUGCUUCCAACAUCCCUCAAACGGACAAGAUCCAGGGCCGGAUCCCCGUCGGCGCGGUGGGAAUCGUGCGGAACGUCGAGCGGAAAUUGGUCAUGGAUAGUGACCACGACGAUGGUACUCUGACGGUUGUGUCCGGGAGUACUAACAGUUACCAAAUUCUCGACGUGGAAUUUCGGUCCCCUCUGCUCGAUUUCGCCUACAGCCGCAAGAAAAUUUGGAUCGGGGAAGACGCGGACGAGCUGAUCAACCGGAACGAGUAUAAAGUCGUGAAGAAAAUCCGGUUGUUUGACAAGCACGGGACCUUCGCUCUCCGCCCGGUGUCGCAAGCCACGCGGUACCAGAUUCAGGUGGACGAUCCGGUGUGGGGGGAAUUAAGCCACUUCAACGCGGAAGCUGCUUCAUCUGAGAGAGGAACUGGACCAGGAGCAGCAGUCGCUGGACAUCCUUCUGCUCCACCUGGAGCAGGACCGCAAGGGCCGCACGCUGUGACCACACAACCCCCUCUAUCGGCUGAUGCGAUGAUGUCAACACCUGUGGUCGUUCCGGCGGCCCGCGCCAAGGAGCCCGCGAAGCCUGCCAACGGGACGAUUGCGUGGCGUCGGGUGCCGUUGGAGUACGUGAACGAAGCCCUGGUGCGUUCGCUGUUCGACGAGGAAACAAAACAAGACUUGAUCGACGGUUGGGCGAAUAACAGUCGACAGCUGAAAGAGGAUUUGAAGAUCAUGCGGGCAGUGAGACAGCGACGAUUGAGCAACACAGCAAGGACGAAAGCGGAGAACCGAGCGGAUGCGGGGAAUUUUUCAGCAGCUGCUGGUAAUCGCGGUGGUGGAAAUAAUAGUAGAAACAACUACCGGGGAAGAUCUGUCUCCAUCGACCCGUCCUCUGCGACGAGUCCGAGCAUGCAUCCCUCAUCCUCCGCCAGUCCGUCCCGGGGCACAGAGCCGCACUCCCCAGCGGAGAGUGCCACGUCGCACGGCAGUAGUACGGCGAAAAAGCGCCGCGACCCCUCUGGUACGAGGCAAAGAGCUGGUGGGCGUGGUGGACCUGAGGCAGCGUCGUCCUCUGGCGCGCGCAGCCAUUCCAUCGACUCCAUGAGUCCCACAGCAAAAGCACGGACGGAAGCUUACGGAGUGGGCAGUUCUUCUGCCGCGAUGAACAGUAAAUCUGUUGCAUCUCGACCGGUUUCCUCCCCGAAGCAGGGACCGAGUUCUACUACUCCGAAAGCGCCAGGGGCUGCUGGUGCAACAUCAUCUCCCGCCGGGUCAACAGCAGCUUCAAAAAGAGUGGCGUCACCCGCCCCGAAGGCUAUGGCGAAACGCGCGGAUCAUGGGAGUGCUGGCGCGAGGGGGAGAAGCCGGAGUCGGUCGUUCAGCGUGGAGCCGGAGCGGGAGGGUGCAGAAGUUGUUAUGCAGCCUCCAUCGAUGACCUCCGCAGCUACUUCGACAACCUACACUGGGACCCCGUUUCCACACACUGGAGGAACAAGUGCAGAAGUUCCAUCUGAACAAGGGCCAAACCAAAGACUCUCGCACCCUACAAGAAUUUCUUCCCCACGCGUGGUAGGACCUCAUUCUUCAGGCCCUGGUGCCAUCCCGGCCGGGUUCGCCCUCUCUCCCUUGUUGCAAAACGCCCUGGACACCUUUCCGAAGGAAUCAAUGGAACAAACGAAACCGCCGCAUAUCACAUGUAAAAAUGUCUGGGUCUGGAAGAGUCAUGCUGUUUCUGCAUGACACGGAAGGUCUGGCAUGGAAGCUCUAGCAUCACAGGUUUCGAGAAGCAAGCUUCCGCAAUGCCGAACCCGCAUGACAAAUCCCCCAUUUUCUUUGUGACAGAAAGUGGGCAGCUUUUGCUACCCAUGCAUGAGAGAUUUUUGUGUGUUCUCAAAUGCGCAUCACAAGUUCGGAUCCUUCCAGACCCAGACAUUUUUGCACUUGAUACCGCAGCCGAAGAAGCGACUGACGGCAAAAACGCCGGACCCGGAGUUCAUUAUGACCAUCGAGGACCACGGACCAAUGGGAGGUGGGUCAACGGCGGUGGAUCGUGCGUUGCGUGUUGACAAGUCGGAGGACGAGUUGCUGUUCCUCACCCCCGUGCCGGAGUCGUCGGAAGCUGGGAAGAUGGCGAUGCCGGCGACUGUGCCAGAAACGCUUACUUCAUCUUCGGACACACCCCCGGCGCAACAGCGCGAGCACCGCAUUGCGUCGAACGUGUUUCAGCAACAGGAACAAUUUUCAGCCGGAUCCACAGCUGCCUCCUCCAGCACCUGUCCGACGAUCGCGGACCAAAUCAGGUUCCAAAAAGCGAAGGAAAAAGCGGAGGAGUUGUUGCGCCGCGUGCCCGUGCAGCCAGUGAUGUGGCAACAGGAGAACGCGAAAUCGCCACUGGAAAUGGUUCUCUACCCCGCCGAGGAAGAUAGCGCUAAUUAUGCGCAAGAUAGAACGAAGAUGAAAACCAGCAAAGAGGCCCCCGAAGCAGACGGACAAGUAGAACUGGCUCGGGCCGCCGUGCCCUUUUCAGUAGAGGACAUCGCAGAGGACCUGGACGAGCAGACGAGAACAUCAAUUGCCGGCGAAGCAGCUGCUGUGCCUAGAACAAUGACCUCUAGUACAACAACUACAGAGGAACGGACGAAGCGGCGUAGGUUUUCCUCCGGUGAGAUUUCCACCGCGUCCACCUCUACCCGAGCGUCCACCUCCACCCGAGACCCUGCCGGCCGAUCUCGAUCCGAAGACCCCAAUCGCGAUGACCACUACGCGCGAAGCCGGUCGGACAGUGAGGAUUACGACCGCCCGGCAUUGGAGUUGCAGCCGAGCAGUCUGCAGUUAGAAAAGGAACAGCGGGAGAUCGACAUGAUUCUGCGACCGGAAUUCGAGCGGGUAAUGCACAUCGAAAUGCCGAAAGAUCUUGAUGCACCUGUUACCGCCGGAGGAGCAGCGUCGUCCUCGAGUGGGCAGGAAAUGAGCACAACUGCAGGAGCACGAGCAGGAGCAUCAACAGGAAGCAGCAGUGCCAGUUCGUCUCUUGCUGCAAGAGGGAGUGGAACAACAGCAGCAGGUGCUGCUCAGGCGCUGACCUACGCGAGCCCCCCGUCGCCGAGUGUUGGAGGUAAAAUGCUGUGAUUGAUUUUUGUUGUUGUAUAAGCGGUUCGAUUCUUUUUCUUUCUCAUUGCAGCGAGCUACUUGUUAUCGCAAUUUCAAGAAUUAUAUAUUAUUAUUUCGCAUUUCCACAUCUCAGGUCGCCACCUCCAACCUCCGAUGCUGUCGUCUGCUGUCGAAGAAGAUUUCCAGCCUGUCUCCCUUCCGCAGUUAAUCGAGCAGAGCUCCCAGGAGUGCGACUCGGUCCCCGCGCUAUGCUGGAUGAAGUCGCAGAAUUGAUGACCCGAAGGAAAAAGUGCACGAAAAUUAUGCACGUAGGCGACGCAAGAAGAAGAACGGGAUUGAUUGAUGCUGUUUGAUUUUUUUACGUCUUCUGCUCAUCCGUUUUCGUUUUCCACAAGGCGGAGUACACACUUGUAAUGAGUAGCAUUGUCACCCGUUACCAGAAAAUGGAUUAGAGCAGUAAAGCUAUAUUUGUUUUACUAUCUGACUGGAUUGAGUUUUUUUAUGGAACUUUGAAUAAAUAAUGAUUGAUGACUUGUUAUAGUUCUGUUGGUAUCGAUUUCGACGUGUGCGGUCGUGCAGGAGAAAUUGAAAUUGUAGUAUAUGACAACAACAUCUAAUGAGCGAUGGAUUUGGAGACAAUAGAAAAAUUGCGCGUAAAAAUUUGGACGUCCUUCCACUCCUGCGCGACCGCGAUUCUUGCUUUCACCACUUUUCAUUGCAACUGGAAACAACUACCGCGUUGGUACAUGUCGUAGGUUUUUGGAAGUUUUGACGAUUUUGGGAAUAAAGAUCAGAAAAAGAAAUAUUGUAGCGGUCUUUUCCCGAUCGUGGCAAUCUGUGCGUUAGAGUUGUCCUAGCUUGCAACAACAAACGCGCUUGUCAUAGAUGAAGCUGAAGAAGUG